CUGCGCUACAUCGCGAUGAUCGCUGCGGCUUUUCUGGUUUUACUGAGACCCCUGAGCCUUCACUGCCUGCUGCUGCUGAUAUUGCUUUUGGUGGGGACGGUGGCCACGAUCCUGUUUCUCUGCUGCUGGCAUCGGAGACUUCGCCAUGAGAAGAUCCCUAUAAAAUCUGUCUUCUCGAGGCGAUCGAGGAGUCGUGAAGCUGGUCUACGGGCGCAUCAUUUUCGAUCGGAGGGUUUUCGGCACAGCCCACGUCAUGGCCGGAGGACUAUAAGAGCCCGAGUUUGUGAAGAGAAGCCUUUGGUUGAUCCAGCAGACAGUGAGCCGGACACCAGCAGCGCUGCUGUGAGGAAACGCAAAGUGACCAAGAGAAUACAGCCUGAGUUUUAUCACUCCGUCCAAGUCACACCCACGCGAAGACCAAGCUCAGGAUCCGGGAACGCUUCUCUGCGUUGCUCAAUGUCUUCAUCGGCUGAUUUCUCGGAUGAGGACGAAUGUAGUGUGAGGUCGGGGUGUGUGUCGCCGGCACCCGGAGAUACACUUCCGUGGAAUUUACCCCGGCACGAGCGCUCCAAGCGCAAAAUACACGGCGGCUCGGUGCUGGAUCCGGCCGAGAGAGCUGUGCUCAGGAUCGCAGAUGAAAGAGACAGAGUUCAGAAAAAGACAUUUACGAAAUGGAUCAACCAGCAUCUCCUCAAGGUACGAAAGCACGUUAACGACCUGUAUGAGGAUUUGCGAGAUGGACAUAACCUGAUCUCACUUUUGGAGGUCCUGUCUGGUGACAAAUUGCCUCGGGAGAAAGGCCGCAUGCGCUUCCACCGACUGCAGAAUGUACAGAUAGCACUGGACUACUUAAAAAGACGGCAGGUGAAACUAGUGAACAUCAGAAAUGAUGACAUCACAGACGGCAACCCAAAGCUGACACUGGGGUUAAUAUGGACCAUAAUUCUGCACUUUCAGAUUUCGGACAUCCAUGUUUCCGGAGAGUCCGAAGAUAUGACCGCAAAAGAGAGGCUUCUGCUCUGGUCCCAGAAGAUGACCGAGGGCUACGUAGGGGUCCGUUGUGACAACUUCACUACUUCUUGGAAGGACGGAAGGCUGUUCAAUGCCAUCAUUCACAAGUACAGGCCUGACCUGGUGGAUAUGAGCAAAGUAUCAACACAGAGUAGCAGAACAAACCUGGAGCAGGCAUUCAUUGUGGCUGAGCAGCUGGGUGUGGCCCGGCUGCUGGAUCCAGAGGAUGUGGACAUCACAACUCCAGAUGAGAAGUCAGUCAUUACUUACGUGUCAACAUUAUAUGAUGUCUUCCCUAAAGUACCAGAGGGUGUGGAGGGCAUCAGUGCAAAUGAGGUUGAUGUUAAAUGGGUGGAAUAUCAGAAUAUGAUCAAUUACCUCAGCCAGUGGAUCAAACAUAAUGUGACUGUCAUGUCAGACCGAAACUUUCCGUGUAACCCUGUGGAACUUAAGGCACUUUAUUUGCAAUAUCUGCACUUCAAGGAGAGUGAAAUCCCACUAAAGGAGAAUGAAAAGACCAAAAUCAAGCAUCUUUAUAAAAUGUUAGAGGUGUGGAUCGAGUUUGGUCGCAUUCAUUUGCCGGAGGGUUACCACCCCAACGAUGUGGAGAAGGAAUGGGGCAAGUUGAUCGUGGCCAUGCUUGAGAGAGAGAAGAGCCUAAGGCCUGAGGUGGACAGACUUGAAAUGCUGCAGCAAAUCGCAGACAGAGUUAAGCGAGACUGUGUGGCUGGAGAAGACAAAUUAGUCUUAGCACGAGCAUCUCUGCAAUCUGAUAUAAAAAGGUUAGAAUCUGGGAUCCAAUUGCAGAAUGAGCCUGAAAUUGCAGGAUACCUGCUGGAGUGUGAGAAUUUGUUGAGGCAGCAAGUGGUUGACAUUCAGAUUUUACUGGAUGGGAAGUUCUACUUGGCAGAUCAGCUUGUUCAGAGAGUAUCCAAGCUCCGAGAUCACUUGCUGACCCUCAGAACAGAAUGCUCCUCAGUGUACAGCCAGGGACGCAGUUUGAGCACGGAACAGACCAAGAUGAUGAUCUCCGGCAUCACGCAAAGUUUGAACUCCGGCUUCUCUCAAAACUUGAACAUGGGUCUAAGUCCUGCCCUCACACCAGGCUCUGCCCUCUCCACCAGCUUUACCCCAGCCAUAACCCCAGGAUUGACCCCGGCACUAAUACCUGGCUUGCAGCCGACCCUGAGGGUUGGAGGGUCCAUGGAGUCAGGGAUCCUCCAGCACAUGAAACACAUGCAAAUUCGCAAGCCGAUGCUCAAAGCUUCAUUAGUUGACCCCAGCUUGUCUGAGGAAGAGGUCAAUAUGAAGUUUGUCCAGGACUUGCUUAAUUGGGUGGAAGAGAUGCAGGGACAACUUGAUCAAGGCGAAUGGGGAUCUGAUCUACCGAGUGUUGAGUCGCAUUUAGAAAAUCACAGAAAUGUUCACAAAGCCAUUGAAGACUUCCAGAUGAGCAUUAAGGAAGCACAAAUGAGUGAGAUUCAGAUGACCCACCCACUGAAGCAGAGUUACUCAGACAAGCUGAACCUUUUAGAAAGCCAGUAUGGGAGGCUACUGAACUCUGCUAAAGAGAGACAGAAAUACCUGGACAGCCUGCAUAACUUUGUGUCGCAUGCCACCCAAGAGUUAAUUUGGCUUAAUGAGAAAGAAGAAGAGGAGGUAGCCUUUGACUGGAGUGAACGCAAUAGUAAUAUCUCCAGGAAAAAGGACUACCAUGCUGAACUGAUGAGAGAGCUGGAUGAGAAGGAAGGAGUGAUAAAGUCAGUGCAGGACCAAGCUGACAUCCUUUUACAACAAAACCAUCCAGCUAGGCUUACUAUUGAGGCAUAUAAGGCUGCCAUGCAAACACAGUGGAGCUGGAUCCUGCAGCUCUGCUACUGUGUGGAGCAGCACCUGAAAGAGAAUGCCACUUACAUUGAGUUUUUCAGUGAUGCCAAAGAGUCUAUGGACUACCUUAAAAGCCUGCAGGAUUCAAUUACAAGGAAAUAUGGGUGUGACCGUACUAGCAGUCUACAUAGACUGGAGGAUCUCAUUCAGGAGUCUAUGGAUGAGAAAGAGCAGCUUCUUCAGUACCGCAGCACUGUGGCGGGUUUGGUAGGACGGUCCAAGUCUAUUGUUCAACUAAAGCCCCGCAAUCCAGAGAACCCUGUCCGAACUUCCCUUCCUGUCAAGUCCAUCUGUGAUUAUCGUCAGAUUGAGAUCACUAUCUACAAAGACGAUGAGUGUGUGCUGGCUAAUAACUCUCACCGAGCUAAAUGGAAGGUAAUCAGCCCUUCAGGGAAUGAGGCCAUGGUGCCUUCUGUCUGCUUUACUGUGCCUCCACCCAACAAGGAGGCAGCAGACAUGGCUAGCAGGAUUGAGCAGCUAUAUCAGAAAGUUCUCGCCCUGUGGCACCGCUCUCAUGUGAACAUGAAGAGUGUGGUUUCCUGGCAUUAUCUGAUGAUGGAUAUCCGCAACAUCCGCAAAAGCACUGUUGCCUCUAUUAAGACUAUGUUGCCCGGCGAGCACCAGCAGGUCCUGAGCAGCCUGCAGUCUCACUUUGAGGAGUUCCUGGAGGACAGCGAGGAAUCCGAGGUCUUCACAAUGGCAGACUGCACUCAGCUAGAGAGAGAGGUGCUGGCUUCAAAAGAAUCCUAUGAGGAAUUGCUCAAGUCUGCAGAGAGAGAGGAACAUGAGGAAUCGGUGUACAACGUCUUCAUAUCUGAGGUGCGUAACUUUCGCAUGCGUGUGGAAGCUCAUGAGGAGCAACUGAUUCGGCAGAUCCGCUCCCCUCUAGAACGAGAUGACUCGAAGGCCAUUAUGCAGCGCAUCGCUGAUCAAGAGAGGAAGAAGGCAGAGUUAGACCGGUUGAGCGAGGAUCUUGUGGUGCUAAAGGAGAAGUGUGAGGCGUUCCUCAGACAGGCUGCAAACUCUCCUUCAGUGCCAACACUUUCCUCUGAACUCAAUGUGCUCACUCAGAGCAUGGCUCAGGUCUAUUCCAUGUGUUCCAUUUACUUGGAAAAAUUGAAGACAGUGAAUUUGGUGGUGAAACACAGCCAGGGUGCUGAGGCUUUGGUCAAGCUGUAUGAGGGCAAACUAUGUGAGGAAGAUGCAGUCAAUGGUGACACCAGGUCUAUUGAUGCAGUUAUGAGCACUCUCAAGCAAUGGAGAUCUGAGAUCGAUGAAAGAAGAGAUGUAUUCCAUGACCUGGAGGAUGAAUUACAGAAAGCUAGGGCUAUCAGUGACCGUAUGUUCAAAACCCAUAACGAGAGAGACUUUGACCUAGAUUGGCACAAGGAGAAGGCUGAGCAGCUUGUAGAGAGAUGGCGGAAUGUUCACUCUCAAAUUGAAAACAGACUUCGAGAUCUGGAAGGCAUGAGUAAGUCUCUGAAAUACUAUAAGGAUGCGUACAGUAACCUUGAUGAGUGGACCAAAGAGAUGGAGGCGAAUCAGCUGAAAACUCAAGAGAACCAGCCAGAGGACAGCAAAGCUUUGGCGGAGUUAUUAAACCAACAGAAGGUGCUUGUUGCGGAAAUUGAACACAAGCAGAGCAAGAUUGAUGAAUGUCAGAAGUACUCAGAGCAGUACUCGGUUGGAGUGAAAGAUUAUGAGCUUCAGUUGAUGACCUACAGGGCCAUGGUGGACUCUCAGCACAAGUCUCCAGUGAAGAGGAGGAGGAUACAGAGCUCAUCAGAUACCAUCCAGCAGGAUUUUAUGGACCUCCGCACUCGCUACACAGCACUGGUCACUCUUAUGACACAAUAUGUGAAGUUUGCAAGUGAAACUUUGAAAAGGGCAGAGGAAGACGAGAAAUCGGUUGAAGAGGAGAGAAAAGAGCACGGUGAUAAAGUUAGCAAGUUAUUAAACUGGAUGUCUGAUGUGAACAAAAACGGAAAGGCUGUAAGAGAUGACAAAGGCAGCACAGAGAGCUGUAAUAAGUCUCAGAUUCCUGUGGAAGAAGUUUUAUCUAAGAAGGAACAAGUUACAGAAGCAAUAAGAAGUACACAGCUGAUGCUGAACAAGCACAGUGACAAGAUGUCUGAAAAGGAAAAGUGUGAAGCAAAAGAACAGCUAAAACUCCUCCAUCAAGCCCAUAGUGAGCUCUCGCAGAUGAGUGUGAACCAGACACCCGCUGCUGAACAGGAGUUUGAAGUCAUCGAAGGCAUUCUUGAUGUGGGAAAAGGAGCAGUUCUGUCUGUAUGCCGUGCAGUACAAACUGGUCUCAUUGACCACUGCACUGGGCUCAGUCUCCUUGAGGCCCAACUCAUAACAUCUGAACUCAUCUUACCUGAAUUCCACAUGUGUCUAGACUUGGACGAUGCAUUCAGGCACAACCUCGUGGAUGAACCCAUGUAUAAACAACUCCAAGACUUGAAUGAAGCCAAUAAACGUGUUCAAAUCCCACGGUAUGCUUCUGAACCUUUGCCAGCGGUAGCUGCAGUGAAGGACGGGGCAAUUUCUGAGCGUCUAGCUGUAAGGAUCAUUGAGAUCCAGCUAGCAACUGGUGGGUUAAGGGUGACAUACCCUGGAGAAAAUGUAAGUCUUGAGAGGGCAUUUGAAUUUGGCCUAAUUCCCCACUCGCUGUAUAUUAAAAUAUUACAAAGACAAAAUACCUGGAAGGAUUUAAUUGAUCCUAAUACAGCUGAAAAAGUUUCACUUAUUCAGCUUGUACAGCGUAGUAUUGUGCACGAGGAGACAGGGCUUCGUGUACUGGCAGUGAAGUCUGGAAAAGAUGGAAGUAUAGUGUUUUCGUCCGGAAGAGAGGUCAGCAUUCUGAGAGCGACACAUGAGGGUCUGAUAGACCGAGAGACCAUGCUCCGGCUGCUAAGUGCACAGCUCUCUGCAGGAGGUAUAGUUGAUCCUAGAACAAACUGUAAGCUUACAGUAGAAGAGGCCUUAUUUGAGGGGCUUAUUGAUCAGGAAACUGCCAGUGGGAUUCUGAGCCAUCAAGCACAGAAUGGUGGCAUCAUAAACCCUAAAACUGGGGUUAGACUUACAGUUGAUGAAGCUGUACAGUGUGAUUUAAUGAGUUCCAGAAGUGCCCUGUUAGUUCUGGAGAAACAGAAAUGUUUCAUGGGCCUCCUCUGGCCACACUCUGGUGAAAUCCUCAAUGUCUCAAGGUCCAUACAGCAUGAAAUCAUCACUGAGAAACUGGCACAUGAGGUUUUGUGUAAUCGACAUAAAAUAGCGGCAUUUUACAUACCAGAGAACUCUGAGGUAGUUGAUAUUGACUCUGCUGCAAAGAGAGGUUUCAUCAACGCUUGCACAGUAGACUUUUUAAAAACGGUACAAAUACCUGAUAUGUUCCCGGAUGUAGAUGAUCUCAAUGACCGAUUUUCAUCAUGGCUAGUAAUGUGUGAGCUUCAAAUUGAUGCCUCUGAAAGAUCCAGAGAAGGAUUGGAAGCUAACGAAAAGAGUACAAAUGCCCCAUCUUCAUUGGAAGCCAAACAGCUUUUUGUUUCAUUUUUAAUGAUGAACAGCUACAUGGACCCCAAAUCAGGAAAGAGGCUUUUAAUUUUUGAUAGGCAGUUAAAUAAAAUGGCUAAAGUAUUACUAGAAAUGUCAGAAAUUGACACACAUGCGUCAUCUCUAGAUAAGGACUUUGCAGAUGAUUUAAACAUCACAGGCACUGGUGAAUUGGCAGUUUUACAUAUUGAUGAGCCUUUACCAAGAAUAGUAGAAGGGAGUAUUUCAGAGAUGUCCAUUGAUUGUGAUCCUUAUGUAAAAACCAUUGAAUCGGAAGGGCUUACCACAGGGUCAGCUGAAGUCUUUAAUACUUCGCUGGAAAGAGCCAUGAAAGCACCUGAGAUUAAGACAAGUGAAAGUGCAUCUGAGGAUACAAAUACAGAUGCAUGCCCACAGUAUCACCCACAUGAGAUUAAUCCACUAGUUUCAGAUGUAGAGAAGGAUGCACCAUUGAUUUACAGAGAAAAUUCAUUUCAAGAAACAUAUAAAGACACCACACAGUGCUCUGUAGGGUGCAGUGAAAAAACUGAACAUUCUAAUUUGCUCACUGAAUACAGACAACGUGAAAGUGUGUAUGACGAAAAACUGGAACGAGAUCAUGUGUUGUGCCUUCUGAGGGACCAAAUAAAAGAGGGCGGCAUUUUAGAUGUCAUCUCUUUAAAGCGUUACAACCUCAAUGAUGCUUUUGUUAGGGGCCUCAUUGAUGAUGAGACCGUGUUAGAGGUUCUUGCACUGCAGCUUGGAAGGCAAAAUAUCACACGAAACAAAACCGUGACCAUGUCAGUAUUGAAACAAGCCGUAUCAGAAGGAUACAUAUCAUCUCACAUAGCUUUACAAAUCAAGCAGCAGCAAAAGUUGCUUAGUGAUUCACCUGAAAAAAGCAUCAGUGCUUCGGGGGCUUGUGAGAUGGGUUUGAUCACUGAUAAUGUUGGCAGAUUUGUCCUUGAUUCAGAAGAUGCCCAAAAGGCCCCGACUGAUCCAAAUGGAAAUUGUGAUAAUGAAGCAGAUGAUGUAAAGAGUGACGAGAUGUCUGCUUUGGACUUAAGUGAAAAUCGUCCAGAUACUGAAAGUGCAGUUAAUAGGUCCGAAGAAGUCAACCAACUACCAACAAACCCCAAGCAAAUGAACUGGAGUUUGGACUCAUCAUUUGCCUUAAAUACAAUUUGUAAUGAGGAGAUUGGAGCAAUAUGUCCAAGUGCUGAAAUUCUGUUAGCAAAUUCAGCACAAUUAACCAGUGGAUUAGACUCCACCUUCUUGGUAAAAACACACAAUGAGGAUAAGAUAAAGAAACACAGUGUUGAAAUCACACCUGUGGUCUUGAGUGAAAAUAGUGAAAAUGCAGGAAAUCCAGAAGAAUUCAGACAUUCAGAAGAAUCAGCAAAUUCAAAUAAAAAUUCCAGUAUUUUUGACUCACCAUUCAUCUUAAAUUCAGUUGGUUAUGCGGACGUGACUGCUGAGGAGUUUGAUAAAAAUUCUUUAAAUGCUGAAAAUGCAAUGAAAAGGCCAGAUGAAGCCAUUCAUCUGUUAGCACCUUCGACAGAGUUGACUAAUAGUUCGGACUCAUCGCUCACUUUAAAAACAGUUAGUGCUGAGGAGGUUAAUGAUAAACGUUCAAGCAAUAAGUAUGGAUUAAUGACCACGGCUGAAAGCAAUGCUUUAUUAUCUAAUUUAACACAAUUCACUAGUAGCUCAGAAUCUAGCUUAAAGACAGUUAUUGGUGAGGGAAUCAGUGAGGAGAGGUUUGAUGAUAAGAGUCUGAAAACUGAAAAUGAGCUGAAACAAACAGAGAAAGCCUCUAAUCUAUUAGCAACACGAGAAACGCAACUGGCCGAUAGCUUGGACACAUCAUUUACUUUAAAAACAGCAAGUGACAAGGACAUCAUUGAUGGGGAUUUUAGUGAUAAAGGUCUACAUGCUGAAGAUGAGAUGAUAACACUUGAAGACAAUUAUCUGUCAGCAAACUCGGCACAAAUUAACAGUAGUUUGGACACAUCAUUUAAGGCAGAUAGUGAUGAUAAGCUCUUUCAUGACCUUGGAGAAAAAUGUCCAAAUACUGAAAGUGCAAUAAAACAACCAGAAGACACUCAGCUACCAAAAAAUUCAAAACAAAUCACAUGUGGUUUAGACUCACUGUUACUAUUAAAUGCAGGUAGUGAUGUGGAGAUCACUGUUCUCGAGAAAGAAAGUUUUGAGAUCUCUGUUGUGAACAGUGAAAAAUGUGCAAGUACUGACAAUGCAGUAAAUAGGACAGAAGACACUCAUCUAUCAGCAAAUACAAAACAAGUGAUCAGUAGUGAAGUUGGCGAGGAGAUAACGACUGUGAAGUUUCUUGAAAAAUCUCCAAGUAAUGAAAAUACGCCAGAUGAGGUCAGUAGUUUAUUAACAACUUCAACACAUUUGACCAGUACUAUGGACUAUGUUGACAAGCUCACUGCUGGAGAGUUUGGCGAAAAAAGUCUAAGUACUGAAAAUACAGUGACAGGAUUAAAGGAAAACCUUCAUCCAUUAAUAAACACAACACAAAUGCCCAGUAGUUUGGACUUGCCAUUUUUGCUAACAAUGUCUGGAGAUGAUUUAACUGCUGAGAGGUUUGGUACUGAUGAAAUUGAAAUGAAAAGAACCGAGCAAAACAAUCCGGCACUGAUGACCAGUAGUCUGAACUCAACAUUAUUGUUCCCAGUAGUUAGUGAUGAAUUUACUGGAGAAAAAUGUCCAAGUUCUGAAAGUAGUUUGAACACAUCAUUUACAUUAAAAAUCACAAAUGAGGAGUUUGCUAAAAAAUGUCCCAGUGCUGAAAAUACAAUGAAAAGCACAAAUGAAGUCUCUCCUCUAUUAAGAACUCCAACACAAAUUGCCAAUAGUUUUGACUCAUCUUUUACCUUAAAGACAGCUUGUGAUGAUGAGAUCACUGUUGAAAAAGAUGUAAACAAAAAACAAUGUAAAAGUAAUGAAAGUGAGCUGAAAACAUUAGAGGAAUCCACCAACACAACAACGCAUAUAUAUAGCUUGAAUUCAUUGUUCACUCUAAAGGCUGCUGUUGAAAAAUGUCCAAGUACUAAAAAUGGAGUGAAUAAAAGAACAGAGGAAGCAUUUCCUCCAUUAAUGAGUAGUAGUUUGGAGACCUCGUUCACCUUAAACUCAGGUAGCAAAGAGAUGACUGAUGACACAUUUGGCGAAAAAAGUCCAAGUACAGAAAAUUCAUCGAGGACAACUUUAGGGACUCCUCUGUCAACAGACUUAACACAAAUGUCCAGUAGUUUGGAUCCUUCAUUCACCCUAAUGACAGAUAAUUUCGAGAUCUGUGCUAAGGACUUAAGUAAAAAAUGCCCAAGUUCUGAACAUAAUUCAGUGAAAAGAACAGAGGAAGCCACCAGUUUAUCAUUAAACACAACACAGGACACACCACUCACCCUAAAAACAGAUGGCAUUGAAAUGCAUGGUGAAAACUAUCCAAGUACUGGAAAUUCAGUGAACAGGACAGAGGAAGCCACCCCUCAAUUAACAGGUUCAACAGUAAUGACGAAUAGUUUGGACUCCUCUUUCAGCAUUAAUGCAAAGGAUGUCACUAAUUACAUGCUUAAUGAAAAAUGUCCAGGUGAAAAUGCAGAUGAAGCUUCUUUUUCAACACACUUAACUACUGGUCUUUUGUGUUGGGAUUCAUUAUAUACCUUCAUGAAAGAUAGUGAUGAGAUCCCUGCUGAGGACUUAAGUGAAAAAUGUCCCGGUAUUGAAGAUGCAGUGGUCAGAGCAAAGGAAGCUGUUCCUCGAUUACAAACUCCAACAAAAAUGAUCAGUAGUUUGGACGCCUCGUUCACCUUAAAGGCAGAUAGUGACGAGAGCACUAACGAUGCGUUUGGCAAAAAAUGUCCCAAUACUGAAAAUGCAGAAAAGACAUCAGAGGCAGAUUCUUUAUCAACAAACUUGACACAAAUGACCAACAGUUUGGAUUCAUCAUCAACCUUAUUGAUAGAUAGUGAUGAGAUACCUGCUGAGGAGUUUAGCAAAAAAUGUCCAAGCUCUGAAAAUACAGUGAACAAAAAAAUCAGUAGUUUGGGCUCCUCAUUAACCUUAAAGACAGAUAGUGUGGAGAGCCCUGAUGGUGAGAUUUGUGAGAAAUGUACAAGUACUGAAAAUGUAGUAAACAGGACAGAAAAAGAUACUCCUUUAAGCAUCGCAACACAAAUGGACAGAUGCUUAGACUCCUCAUUCAUCUUAAAGACAGAUAAUGAUAUCACUAAAGAAUUGUUGUAUGGCAUAUGUUCAAGUACUGAAGUGAAAAGAACAAAAGAAACCAAUUGUCUAUCAGGAAAUACUGAGAAUGCUUUGAACAGGACAGAGGAAGUUCAAAUACACAACUCAACUAAUAUGAUCAGUAGUUUGGACUCAGGUUCCGUUAGUGAGGCAAUCACUGAUCAGAACCUAAGUGGAAAAUGUCCAAGUACUGAAAAUUUAGAGGCAAGACCAGAGGUCACCGCUCAUGUAUUAACAGACACAACACAAAUGACUAGUCUGAACUCCAAACUGCUCUUAAAGACAAUUAGUGAUACUUCUUCAGCCGUUGAUUUUGAUCCAGGAAAACAGGGUUUAGAGGAUCUUGGCAGUUCACAUUGUUUGGAUAUCAAAAAUGCCAUAGAUAAAAACCAUACAGAGUUGGGGGAUGUUCCAGAAAAAGAGAAUUAUCUGUCAUUUUUUCAGGCUCCUUUAACCAGUGUUGGUCAUGUGGCUUUUAAUGAAGCAGCAGUAAACCAGAAGAUAAAUUCUGCUGAGAGUGAAUCUGGAAUAUCCUUUUCGUUGCAAAGUGAUAAUUCUGAUAAAAGAAACACAGAGAGCUUACAGAAUAUACACAAACAGCAUAGUGCUUUCAGUGAGAAACAGCAAACAGUUAGUAUAUUCCCCACUGAGGGAGAGUCAGAGAGCAUGAAUGCAAUGGAAGAAAUAAAAAAACUAACAGAUAGUGAACCAUCUUUAUCCUCUUCUACAUUGGUUAAUUUAUCAGAUACGAGAGCUGCCAGCAAAACAAACGUGAGCCCUGAAUCAAGUGAAAAAGUCAAAGAUCAGGAACAGAGUGUAUUGUCUCGGUCAGUAGAUAUUAAUGAGAGGCAAACAAAUGAGUACAAGAAAGAUCUGACUCAGUGUACAAUAAGCAAGACUGAUGUGAUUGGGCUAGAGCCUGAGCAUGAGUGCAAGUCAGGAACAGCUAAUGACCAUGCAGCUUUUAAAGCAGUAGUGACUCAAUCCAGUCAUACUGGUGUCAGUGUUGACAAUGAAAUCGUCAAUGACAUUGUCUUGGUCAACACCUCAGAGUCUAUGGACAUGUUUAAGGAGUGUCUCCACAGCAAAGUUUGCACAAGUCCAACCUCAAAGUUCUUGCCAGAUGUAACUCUCAGUGAUGAUUCAAUUUUUGAGCAGCACUUGGCUGAGCAAGGUGAAGUAUCUGACACAGCAAUUGAGUUGUGCCUGCCUAACUCCGGUUUUGUCAUAUCUGAGACAAACAGAUAUGAUGCAGGAAGUUUAGAGUGCAAAACCACCAUCAUUCCAGCGCACAUUAUGGGAGAAGAGUCUUCAAAGUCUGUUACACUGAAGCCCAACAUUCCACCAAAUUUCCCACACAAAGACUCCAGAUAUGUUGAACAUUAUGGAGAUAAGCUGUGUGUGAAUACGUCCAUGAUGGAGAGUAAAUUUACACCAGUUUAUGAAAAGGAACUGGAACAAACUACAGCAAAAGGAGCUGUAAAUGAGAUCCAGAGAAAGGAAAGUCAUGCCCUUGACCUCAAUGAGAGCGUUUCAUCCACUGCUGCAACUCCGCAUGACUCUCAGAUCCUUGUCGAGAACAAAGAUCCAGCUCAAGAACCAAGUAGUCCAGUGUUAAAGCAGCCUCAGCUUCAAGAGAUGAUUCAGGAGAUGUCUGAACCAGAAAUGCUGAAAGAACCUUUGGGUUGGCUGGGAACCACUGGUCAGGGAGAUGAAGGCUCACUUGUAGAAGGUGUUGUUCAGCCCAAAGCUGCUGCCGGUGACAGUUGUGAGGAUGACAUCUUUCCAUCAGCUUGGUCCAGUCAGCAGAGCUCUAAGGCGAAUGUUGCAACCACUGAGGAAGAGGAGGAGGUCAAAUUUAGACCCAAAGAAUGUUCCACUCAGCAUUACUUAGAGUGUGUUGGUAAACUCCAGGAUCACUAUGACACACUUGAAGACAUCAGGAAUGAUUUUUUAACUCAGAGCUCUUUAGCUGUUCACAUUGAAGGUUUACAAGAACAACUGGAAGCAGCUCAGUCUUUGGUUGCACAGCUUGCUGCAUUUCCUGCCAGUUUGACCUCAGAUUUGAAGGUAGCGGAGCAGCUUUUAAAUUCUGCUGAUGAGCUCAUCCCCACACAAGUCCAGCAGGAUUUAGCUGCAGUUUUUGUCGAUUUGAAAGCCACUUUCACAGAUGUUUGCCAUUUAUCAUCUGAGAGACAUAACACAAUUCUCCAGGCCAUCGAUGCAGCCAAGGGAAAUUUGGAGUGUACCUUUCAAGACCUUCUUAGCUCCCUUGAAAAGCUUUCAUCUUGUAUACAAGAUAAUCAUGAAAUAGUGUGUAAGCUUGACAUCAUAACCACAGAUGACUUUGAGACAGUUAAAUAUAGGAUUCAACAAAACAAGGAUCUAGAGAAGAACCUAUCCGGUACUCGACAGAAUCUAGAAGAUACAGCUUUUGAUGUCCAGAACUUCAUAUCCGAGCAUGCACAGUUCCUAAACCCAGCCCAGAACAGACAGAUGCUGAAAUGUCUCAGUGCCACACAGAGAGCCUUUAAAGAACUGAUGGAGCGAGUGUUUACUCAGAGGCACGCACUGGACCUCCAUUUGGAGAUCUGUGAGGAUGAGAUUCGACAGCAGAAUGCUGUUGAGAAGCAGAAGGAGUUUGUAGCCAAACUUCAGGAGCUGUGUGAUGACCUAACUCAGACCGAGAACCGUCUCAUCGGCCACCAGCAGCAAUCCAGCAGUGCAAAGAGUGUGGGAGACAUCCAGCAGCACCAACAAGAGAACCAGGCUUUGCAGAAAGACAUCCAGGUGAAUGUAAAUGCCUUGAAUGAAGUCAUCAGUAGCACUAAGAAGUUCCUAGAGGAGAACCGGAGCAAACUGACACCUGAGCAGGUGGCUGCUAUUGAACUCAAGCUAGAAGAGGUGAAGUGCAAAUCCAAUAUGCUUAACCAGAGAGCAGAGGAAACCAGGAAAGAACUGGAGAAAGUUGUGACGACUGUUAUUAAACAGGAGACGGAAAAGGUUGCAGCUGUGGAACAACUUGAAGAGACCAAAAACAAAAUAGAGGUUCUCUUAGACUGGGUAUCCAACAUCGGGAAAGAAACAGAGAUGGCGAAAGAGAACGGAAACAUGCCAGUUGAAGGAAAAAUAACAGGAGUGGAAGAUGACCCUAAUGGAAACGCACUGGACGCCACAGAUAACACCUCACAGUGGUCAGGUGAAGACAAUAAAGAAUUGGAUAUGGAUCAGCAAUAUGAGAGGCUUAAGGCUCACCACCAAGAGAUCCUCUCCCAGCAGCAAGACUUAAUUAUUGCCACCCAGUCUGCCCAGGCUCUGCUGGACAAGCAGGCAGAUGUCCUCUCUCCAUCAGAAAAAGAGCAGCUCCAGAAGAGCAUCCAAGAGCUGAGAGAGUGCUAUGAAGUCUCUCUCACCCAGGCUGAGCAGCAGAUGAAACAGAUACAAAGUGUUCAGGAGGAGCUGCACAAGUUCGAAGGUGACUAUGAAGAGUUUGGAGUGUGGCUACAGCAGGCACAGGAGCAGCUGGCAGAGCUGGGAGCCCCCACUGGCCACUUGGCUGUUCUGCAAGAGAAGCUUGAGAAGCAGAAAUGCUUUUAUGAGGAUGUGAUCUCCCACAAGGGGGACUUGCGUUUCAUUACCAUCUCAGGACAGAAAGUGCUGGAUGUGGCCAAGGCCUGCAGCCGUAAAGAGCGUAAGCAGGGAUUGCUUGAUGUGGACACUUCAGGAACAUGUGCUGCUGUGAAGGAGAAGCUGGACUCUACUGCUACUCGAUACAAAGCCAUGCACACCCAAUGCAACCAGCUUGGAAACAAUCUCAAAGAUGUUGUAGAGAAGUACAAGAAAUACGAAGAUGCUGCAAGUUGCCUGUUGUCAUGGCUCAAUAGUUCUGAGGCAGAUGCGAGAAGGCAGCAGUCUGAACCUAUUGCUGCAGACCCCCAAAUACUCCAGAGACAACUGGAAGAGACUAAGGCUCUUCAAGGGCAGACCACAGGCCAUCAGGUGGCUCUUGAGACACUACGCAAAACAGCAGAUGCCCUUAUCACAGCAGAGGGAGAUCUACUAAACAACAAGGAUGAGCUUCAGGAAGCAGUCGAUGACAUUGUGGAAAGGUACGAUAACUUGUCCAAGUCAGUGAGUGACCGGAAUGAGAAGCUGCAGGUGACGUUAACACGCUCGCUCAGUGUACAGGAUGGUCUGGAUGAGAUGAUGAACUGGAUGAAGAGGGUGGAGGAAAAUGUUGGGGAGGGAUUAAAAGUGCCCCUAGACUCAGCUGCUAUUGCAGAUGCACUCAGCAAAGAGGCAGCUCUGGAGCAGGACAUGUCUAGCAGGCAGAGCAGUAUCUCCACUAUGAAGGCCAAAGUGAAGAAGUUUGUUGAAACUGCAGAGCCAGCAGCAGCCGCUGCUCUCCAGACAAAGAUGGAAGGACUGACCCAACGCUUUGAUAAUGCCUGUGAGAAGCACAAGCAGAAAAUCUCACAAAUGGAGCAGUUAAAGGACAAGGUAGAACAGUUUGAGAAGACAUCUGAGAAGGUCCAGGGGUUUGUGCUGAAACAUUCACAUGCUCUCUAUGAGACUGAUGGACCUGGGAAAAAUGUAAAUGAGCUCUCUCAGCUGGUGCAGGAUAUAAAUGUAGAGUUGGCUGAACACGUGAAGGACAUGGAAACACUGAACUUGUUAGCGAAGGAGCUUUCUAACUCUGGCCCAGAGGGAAGCACAGCGCUAAUUCAGGGCAAGAUGGCAAACCUGUCUAACACAUUUAAUACCUUUAAGGAUACUGUUAAAGAGAAAGAGGAGGAAGUAUUGUCUUGCCAGGACCAGCUGGGUGAGUUCAAAGUAGCUGCAGGGGUGCUGAUGAAGUGGCUGGAGGAGACAAAAGAACAAGUGCCUUUGGUUCAGCCCAACUGUAGUGAACAGGGCCUGGGAAAUGACGUGAAGAAAGUCAAUGGCUUGCUAGAAGAAUGGACUGCUAAAGCUCCUGCUGUCCAAGACAUAAAUAGCAAAGGGUCUGCACUGUGUACCCUAAUCAGUGUUUUGACAUCACCAGCCAAAGCCAGAAUGCAUCAUAAACCAGGUUCAGCAGUCAGUAAUGGCUCAGGUCCAGGAGCUUCAUAUCUGACGAACAAUGAGCUGAUUCUGGUGGAGCAGAACAUGUCCAGCAUCAAUGAAGAUUAUAGCAGCCUUGGGGAGCUGCUGAAGACCAGGUCUUCAGAGCUGAGUGGGCUGUUGCUAAAGGUCCAAGGGGUCCAGAAUGAGGCUCAGUCAACACUGCAGUGGCUGGAGAACAUGAAGAAAACAGCUGUAUCUUGGAACUCUGAGCCAGCAGGCAAAGAUACAAUGAAAAUUCAAAUCGAACGGCAGAAAGCUUAUGAGGAAAAUAUGCUCCAGAAACAGCAACAGUACCAAGAGCUGAGGAAGACGUUACUCCACCUGAUAGAGGAAAGCCCUGAUUCACCUGAGGCAGAAAAAUGGAAGAACAUGCUGAAACAGAUAGAUGCAGGAUGGGAGGAGGUCAAGGGAUCUGUGGAGAACAGGAAACAGCAUCUGGAGGAGUCAUCCCGCAUGCUGGAGCUCUUCCAGACUAACCAACCUCAGCUCUCUCAAUGGCUUCUGGAGAAAGAUCUGAUGAUGAGUGUUCUGGGCCCUUUAUCUAUGGACCCCAAUAUGCUAAACAUGCAGAAGCAGCAGGUCCAGAUUCUUCUGAAAGAGUUCGAAGGCCGCAAACCUCAGUACGAGCAGCUGAACGAAGCCGCCAUGGUUAUCAGUUCUGCAUCAGGAAAUCAAGACCCUACUGGAGAGAAGGUAAAGAAACAGCUGGAUGCCAUCACCCAGAAGUGGCAGGCUCUGACAAGUCAGCUGUCUGACCGCGAUGCCCUCAUUCAGCAAGCUGUGGGUAAGACCACUCAGUUCCAGGAUCUUCUGCGGCAGCUAGGGGAGAGUGCAGCAGAUCUGGAGCUUCAGCUAAAUGGCCAGCAGACCCUCAGCACACAGCCUGAUGCUGUCAAGAAGCAGCUAGAAGCCACUAAUGCUGUCCUGGCUAAGCUAUGCGAAGAGAAGAAGAGGCUAAAGGAGGCAGAAAGUCUGUGCUCUGAACUUUCAGCUCUAGUUACUGAGGAGUAUCUCCGAGCCAACCUCACAGCACAGCUGGAAAGCAUCUCCAAGCCCUUUAAGAUCCUUGAAGACAAAGCAGGCAAGCGGAUUCAACAUCUCACCUCCACCUUUGCAAGCUCUCAAGAAUUCCAUCGAACAUCGAAAGACUUCCAGGGCUGGAUAGAGCAAAUGUUUAAGGAGCAGGCUAAGCCUCAGUCAGUUUCAGCCAAGGAGGAGACUCUGUUACAAAGUCUAAGGGAGCACAUUGCUAUCCAGAGUGCACUGAGUGAACAAGAGGAACAAUACAACAACAUUAUGCGGGAAGCAGAGGCUCUCCUACAGAACACGGAGGGAGAGGAAAAGUUGGCCCUCCAAGGACAGCUCUCAGCCCUUAGGUCCAACUGGGAGAAAGUAAAGCGGGGUGCCAUGGAGAGAGCAGAAAAGCUCAAUGUUGCUAUUGAGAGAGCCAAAAAAUACAAGGAACAUGCAGAGAGCUUGGGAACUUGGCUGCAGGAGUGUGAAGACAGGAGCAACAAGGCAAAGUUCAGUGUAGAUCCUGUAGAAGUAGAAAACUCCCUCUCACAGGUAAAGGCCAUCCAGCGGGAUGUGGACAAACAUCGUGGUCAGAUGGAGCUGCUGAAUGUAGCUGCUGACAGCCUUCUAGAAGUGGCCACAGCAGAUGUUGAUGAUUUGCAGGAAGAGAAGAUUAUUAUUGGGAACAACAUGGAUAAGUUGAUUGAAGGGUUGCAGCUAAAGAAAGAAACUCUUGAGAAGCUCUCACAGAAGUUGAAAGAGUUCAGUGACACAGACAAAGAAAUUUCAGACCAAAUGGAGGGUGCCAGAAAGCAACUAGAAUAUCACUCUGGUCUUGGUGAACAAGGUUAUAGUAACAAGAACCUAACCAACAUGAAGGCUCAGCAGAAAAACCUAGAGGGUGUCCAGAACCAGAUAGAGAACCUUAAAAGCAUAGCUCAAAGUUUAAUUGUGGAUGUACCAGAAGUUGAAGGGGUGGUAGAUCUCCUCCUUCAGGCAGACACGUUGGAGAAAGAGCACAGCUCCAUCAGUAAAGCAAUUGAAGACAAAUGCAACACAUUGGAGAACAAACUGCAGGGCAUUGGACAAUUUCAGGACAACAUUCGAGAGAUGUUCACCACCUUUGCAGACCUGGAUGAUGAAUUGGAUAGUAUGGGCCCAGUAGCCAGAGACCUGAAAACUCUACAAGACCAAGAAGGAACUAUCCAAAACUUUGUGACAAAACUCCAGGAUCUGAUCAACAAUACAGCUUGUGCCAGAGAAAACUGCAAGAAGAUGCUUGAGUCAGAGGUCUCACCAGAUCUACUGGGUCUGAAGAGAGACUUGGAGGCCCUGAGCAAGCAAAGUGGCAAAUUGAUGGACCGGGCCAUUGGGAGGAAAGAGCAGGUUGAGGAAACACUGAGACAUUUGCAGGAGUUUUAUCACAAGCUGGACACUUUUACAACUCAAGUGGCUGGUGCAGAAGAGCAAGAAGAAUCCCAAGGACCAGUUGGAAUGGAGACAGAUUUUAUUAACCAGCAGCUGGAGGCUUUUAAGGUUUUCCAGAAGGAGACGAUUGACUCACUGCAAACACAAUUGCAAGAGGUGAACUGCAUAGGCCAGGGCCUUAUUCAGAAUGCUUCCAAAGGGACCAACACUACAGCCCUUGAACGUGACCUGGAGGAUAUCAAUAUGAGAUGGAACACCCUGAAUAAAAAGGUAGCAGAGCGUUCAGCUCAGCUUCAUGAAGCUUUGCUGCACUGUGGAAGGUUUCAGGAUGCUCUUGAGUCCCUGUUCAGCUGGCUUAAAGACACAGAAGAACUGGUGGCUAGUCAGAAGCCUCCGUCAGCAGAGUUUAAAGUGGUCAAAGCACAAAUACAAGAACAGAGGCUCUUACAGAAGCUGCUAGAUGAUCGCAGACCCACAGUGGAGCUUAUUAAGAAGGAAGGGGGGAAAGUGCUAGAGAUGGCAGACUCUGUAGAUAAGGAGAAGAUUGGAAAGGAGAUUGAUAGCCUGGGGAAGAGAUGGGAUGCUCUGCUAAAGAAAGCUGAGACCAGACGCAAACAGUGUGAGAGCAUCUUGGGUGUGGCUCAACAGUUCCAUGAGACCUUAGAGCCACUAACAGAGUGGCUAACUGCUACAGAGAAAUGCCUGACCACGUCCGAGCCCAUCGGCACCCAGACCUCUAAGCUUGAAGAGCAGAUCUCCCAACAUAAGGCUUUAGAGGAGGAGAUUAUAGGGCACAGCAAGAGCUUGUACCAGGCAAUAAGUCUUGGUCAGGCUCUGCGGUCACUCAGCUGUGUGGAUGAUAAAGAGCUCAUCCAGGCUAAACUGGACAGCACUCAGGGCAGCUACAUCGAGUUGCAGGAACGCUGCCGCAUGAAGGCUGAGCUGCUACAGCGGGCCCUGGCUAACGCACGGCUGUUUGGAGAGGACGAAGUAGCACUCAUGAACUGGCUGGAUGAAAUACAUGGCAGAUUGAACCACAUCUCUGUCCAGGAUUAUGCACCGGCUAUACUGGCAAAACAGCAUGCUGACCAGCUGGCACUUCAUGAAGAUAUUGAGUUAAGGAGGCAGCAUGUUGAACAGGCCUUACAGAAUGGACUUGAGCUGCUCAAACAGACCACAGGUGAUGAAGUUGUUGUCAUUCAGGGCAAACUGGAUGGAAUAAAGACAAGAUAUGCUGACAUAAGCACAAUGAGUAGUGAUGUAAUGAAGACCCUGGACAAGGCUCUGUCUCUGGCCAACAAGGUACAACACACGCACGAGGAUCUGCACAUCUGGUUGGAGAAAGUGGAGUCUGAAUUGGCCACGUUUGGAGCUCAGGAACCAGUGGGAGAGCAACUCACUCAGGUGCAAGAGAGGCAGAAAGCAUUACUGAAGGAGGUUCAAGCACACAAGUCAUUAGUAGAUACACUGAAUGAAGUUAGCAGUGCUCUUCUAGAACUGGUUCCAUGGCGUGCCCGAGAGGGGCUUGACAAACUGAUCACAGAGGACAAUGAGCGCUACAGGUCAGCAAGUGAUGCCAUCUCUCAGCAUGUGGACCAGACUGGAGCUGCCAUUUUAAAAUCACAGCAGUUUGAGCAGGCUGCAGACACUGAAUUAGCCUGGCUGACUGAAGCAGAAAAGAAGUUGUCGUCUCUAGGGGACAUCAAGCUGGAGGUAGAAAAGACUGCAGCUCAGCUGCAGGCUCAAAAGGGCUUCUCCAUGGACAUUAUGAGACAUAAAGAUGCUGUGGAUGAUCUCACUAAGACGGGAGAGGCAAUAAUGAACAGCAAAGAUGAGACUGAGAAACUGUCUCUGAAGGCUAAGAUCCAGGCCCUCGUGGAGAAAUACAACUCUGUGAGUCAGUUGAACUCAGAACGCUGUCUGCAGCUGGAGAGAGUGCAUUCCCUGGCUUGCCAGUUCUGGGAGACCUAUGAGGAGCUGUGGCCAUGGCUGCAGGAGACACGGGCCAACUUCACCCAGCUCCCUUCACCUGCCAUUGAGUACGAGACUCUCAGACAGCAACAGGAGGAACUGCGUCAACUGAGGGAACUGAUUGCAGAGCAUAAGCCUCACAUAGACAAGAUGAACAAAACAGGUCCUCAGCUGGUCGAGAUCAGUCCACUGGAGGGUGAGCCCAUCAGGGAGAAAUUCCAGGUCAUAGACAAGUUGUAUGCACAGCUUAAAGCAGAUGUGAAGCAUCGAGCUGCUGCCCUUGAUGAGGCCAUCUCUCAGUCUACACAGUUCCAUGAUAAGAUUGACCCCAUGUUGGAGUCUCUGAAUCGUAUAGCGGAGCGUUUGCGUCAGCCACCCUCCAUCUCUGUGGAAGUGGAAAAGAUUCGUGAGCAGAUUUCUGAGAACAAAGCAGUGAAUAUGGACUUGGAGAAGCUGCAACCAUCUUAUGAAACUUUGAAGCAGAGAGGGGAGGAAAUGAUCACUCGCUCAGAGGGCGCAGACAAGGACCUGUCAGCCAAAGCGGUACAAGACAAACUGGAUCAGAUGGUGUUCGUGUGGAGUGACAUCCAUGCUCUGCUGGAGGAGAGGGAGGCUAAACUUCUGGAUGUGAUGGACCUGGCUGAGAAGUUCUGGUGUGAUCACUGUGCUCUCAUCAUUACGAUCAAAGACACACAGGACUUGCUCAAAGACCUGGAAGAACCUGGAGUCGACCCCUCUGUUGUUAAACAGCAACAGGAGUCUGUAGAGGGUUACCGAGAGGAGAUUGACGGUCUUCAGGAUGAACUGAAUGUGGUCCAGAAUCUCGGGGCAGAGCUGAUGACAGCCUGUGGAGAACCAGACAAACCUGUGAUUAAAAAGAGCAUUGAUGAGGUGAACAUGGCAUGGGAAACUCUGAAUAAGACAUGGAAAGAACGAGUGGACAGACUUGAGGAGGCCAUGCAAGCUGCUGUACAGUUCCAGGAUGGUCUUCAGGGCAUGUUUGACUGGGUGGAUAUUUUGGCGAGUAAACUGGAUUCCAUGUCACCUGUCGGCACAGACCUGGAAACUGUGAAACAGCAGAUUGAGGAACUCAAGGAGUUUAAAGGUGAGGCUUACCAGCUUCAGAUUGAAAUGGAGAGGCUGAAUCACCAGGCAGGACUGCUGCUGAAAAAAGUACUGGAUGAAGAAGACCGCAUUGCCAUUCAGGAGCCUAUGAAUGAACUCAAAAUGCUUUGGGAGAACCUUGACGACAAGGUCAUCAACAGACAGCACAAGCUAGAGGGAGCCUUGCUGGCUUUAGGGCAGUUCCAGCAUGCCCUGGAUGAGCUUUUGGCCUGGCUGACUAAUACAGAAGAGCUGCUUAGUGGACAGAAGAAAACCAGUGGCGACCCCAAAUCUAUUGAGAUAGAGCUAGCCAAACACCAUGUGCUGCAUAACGAUGUAUUGGCCCAUAAGACGACAGUGGAGGCAGUUAACAAAGCAGGCAGAGAUUUGAUUGAGUCCAGUGCAGGAGAGGAGGCAUGUGGCCUGCAGAGCAAGCUGGAAAACCUUAACCAACGUUGGACAAGCAUCCUAGAGAAAACUGAGCAGAGGAAGCAGCUUUUAGACAGUACCUUACUCCAGGCCCAAGGUUUCCAUGGGGAGAUUGAAGAUAUGCAACAAUGGUUGAAAGACACAGAAUGUCAGCUGUUAGCAUCAAAAGCAGUUGGAGGCCUACCAGACACGGCCCGCGAGCAGCUUAACACCCAUCUGGAGUUAUGUAGGGCGAUGGAGGUGAAGGAAGAACUCUACCAGAAGCUUAUUCACAGAGAUCAGCAGCUGAAAGCCAUGACCCCGGAGAACCAGGACAGUGGUACUGAGCAGGACCUCCUCAACCUUCGAGAAAAGUGGGAAUGUGUGCAGUCCAAAGUGGCUGAGAGAAAGGUAAAACUGGAAGAGGCAUUAGCGAUGGCCACAGACUUUCAUAAUUCUCUGCAGGACUUCAUUAACUGGCUGACUCAAGCAGAGCAGACCCUCAACAUGGGCUCUCCAGCCUCUCUCAUCCUUGAAACUAUCUUGUUCCAGAUUGAUGAACAUAAGAUCUUUGUGACUGAGGUCAACUCACACCGGGAUCAGAUCAUUGAACUGGAUAAGACAGGCACCCACUUGAAAUACUUCAGCCAGAAGCAGGAUGUGGUUCUGAUUAAAAACCUGCUUCUAAGUGUACAAAGCCGCUGGGACAAAGUAGUGCAGCGUUCGGUGGAGCGAGGACGCCUGCUGGAUGAUGCGAGGAAGCGUGCAAAGCAGUUCCAUGAGAGCUGGGCCAAGCUGAUGGAGUGGCUGGAGGAGUCCGAGAGAGCUCUGGACUCAGAACUGGAGAUCGCUAAUGACCCAGACAAGAUCAAAAUGCAGCUAGCUCAGCACAAGGAUUUCCAGAAGGCCCUGGGUGCCAAGCAUUCUGUUUACGACACCACCAGCCGCACUGGCCGAGCCUUGAAGGACAAAACCUCACUCCAGGAUGACAACCAGAAACUGGACGGCAUGCUCUGUGAGCUAAGAGACAAAUGGGACACGAUUUGUGGCAAGUCUGUAGAAAGGCAGAACAAGCUGGAGGAGGCUCUAUUGUUCUCAGGCCAGUUCACUGAUGCUCUUCAGGCUCUGAUUGACUGGCUUUAUAAAAUAGAGCCUCAGCUGGCAGAGGACCAGCCUGUGCACGGAGACAUUGAUCUGGUGCUGAACCUCAUAGACAGCCACAAGGUGUUUCAAAAGGAGCUUGGAAAGAGGACAGGCUCUGUACAGGCUCUGAAACGUUCAGCACGUGAGCUGAUUGAGAACAGACAUGAUGACUCUUCCUGGGUCAAAGUACAGAUGCAGGAGCUGAGUUUGCGCUGGGAGACUGUGUGCUCGCUCUCUGUGCUCAAACAGACACGGCUGGAACAAGCUCUGUGUCAGGCAGAGGAGUUUCACUCGACAGUUCAUAUACUGCUGGAGUGGUUGGCUGAAGCAGAACAGAGCUUACGUUUCCAUGGGUCUCUGCCUGAGGAUGAAGAAGCCCUGCGUGUCCUGAUUGAACAGCACAAAGAAUUCAUAAAGAAGCUGGAAGAAAAGAGUGUGGCUCUGGGCAAAGCCAUCAGCAUGGGCGAAGACAUCCUAGCUAUCUGCCAUCCAGACUCCAUCACCACUGUGAAACACUGGAACACCAUAAUUAAAGCACGAUUCGAGGAGGUCACAGCGUGGGCACGGCAGCAUCAGCAGAGGUUAUCUAGUGCUCUGAGUGAGCUUAUGGCUACUCAAGAGCUCCUGGAGAAUCUGCUGAGCUGGUUACAGUGGGCAGAGACCACCGUCACAGACAAAGACAAGGAGGCGCUGCCUCAGGAGAUCGAAGAGAUCAAAGCUCUCAUCACUGAGCAUCAGACCUUCAUGGAGGAGAUGACCAGGAAACAACCAGAUGUGGACAAAGUCACUAAAACUCAUAAAAGGAAAGCCACAGCUGAUGCACCAGUUCAGUCUCAGAUUCCAGUAUUGGAAAAAGGAAGAACAUACCGAAAGAAAUCCCAGGCCCAGUCCAUGUAUCCAGCAACAGUCCAGGCACAAAUAGAGACCAAGAACCCCAGAGUGAACCUGUUGAUGAGUAAAUGGCAGCAGGUCUGGCUUUUGGCACUGGACAGGAGAAGAAAACUCAACGAUGCUCUGGACCGACUAGAGGAGCUGAAAGAGUUCGCCAACUUUGACUUUGAUAUCUGGAGGAAGCGCUACAUGCGAUGGAUGAACCACAAGAAGUCUCGAGUCAUGGACUUCUUUCGGCGCAUGGAUAAGGAUCAGGAUGGCAAAGUCACCAGGCAGGAGUUUAUUGAUGGGAUUCUUUCUUCAAAGUUUCCCACCAGUCGACUGGAGAUGAGUGCUGUAGCAGACAUUUUUGAUCGUGAUGGUGACGGCUACAUUGACUACUACGAGUUUGUUGCUGCUCUGCACCCAAACAAAGAUGCCUACAAACCACUUACUGAUGCUGAUAAGAUAGAAGACGAGGUAACACGCCAAGUGGCAAAGUGCAAGUGUCCUAAACGGUUCCAAGUUGAGCAAAUUGGUGCGAACAAAUACAGGUUCUACCUCGGAAACCAGUUUGGAGACUCACAGCAGCUCAGGCUGGUGCGGAUUCUGCGCAGCACUGUUAUGGUGCGGGUGGGAGGAGGCUGGAUGGCACUUGAUGAGUUUCUAGUAAAGAACGACCCAUGUAGAGUUCAUCACUACGGGAGUAAAAUGUUGCGCUCGGAAUCAAACUCGUCCAUUACUCAGUCUCCUAUAGCCAAAGGCAGGACCAAUGUGGAGUUGCGAGAGAAGUUCAUACUUCCAGAAGGCACCACUCAAGUGAUGGCCAGCUUUCGCUACAGAGGUCGAAGGUCACGGCCGUCCUCAAGGGGUGCCUCACCAAACAGGUCAAACUCAAGCCACAGCUGUCCUGCACAACCCAACCCUGCUGUGCCCGGUACACCGAAGACUCUCCAACAUUUAACCCGCAAUUACGAUAAACCCUGGCUGACAAACAGCAAAUCAGCUACUCCCUUAAAGUCAUCCGACUCUUUUGAGAGCCAGGGCUCAUCUAAUGAGAGUACACCCAUCCAAGGCAGCAGGCUCCGGCUGCCUGGCUAUUUGUCAGGAAAAGGUUUCCAGUCUGGAGAAGAGGGAACCCUGAUAAACACUGCUAUUCUGAAAGCAAGAAAUCAGACUGCUGGACUCGGCAAGAUUCCCAGCAGACCUGGCAGUAAGGCAGGGAGCCGCGGAAGCAGCCGGCGAGGGAGCGACGCCUCUGACUUUGACAUUUCCGAUAUCCAGUCUGUCUGCUCUGACAUGUCAGAGACAGUGAUGGACUCUGCAAGGCCACGCUCAUCUCCACGCCAGCCUGGAGUUAAACCCUCCAAAAUCCCUACGCCGCAGAGGAGGAGCAGGGCCAGCAGCAAACUAGCCAAAACCACCGCCACCAAGAGAUAGUCAGCGGCUGGCUUCUCUCUCUUACAGCACUGUUCUGGGACACACUGGACAAAAACUGGACAACAGAAGACACUAAAAACAGCAAACUCUCCUUAUUUAAAAUGAACAAGUUGUAAAUUAUAAAAGAAAAAAAAAAAAAAGUGUAGCAAGAUGUAAAUUAUUCCAAGGAGAGCGAGGUGAAGUAUGUGGGAUUGAUGCUGUGUGAGUGGAACAUGACAGUUUUGUGUACUUGUGUAUUUUUAAUUUCUGUGAAUAAUGUCGCAUCAAAUGUUAUUUUAUUUUAUGGUAUCGCUGCUACAACCUGAGAGGUUAGCAAGCAGUGGAAGGAGAAAAGGACUGUACAUUGUGAAGCUAAUUAACAGUUUUCCACAGUCUUGGAUUGAGCUCACGUUGAAAGCUGAAUGUACUGUAAAUCUCCACAAGCUUGCAAAUAAUAUUAAGCCACUGCGUUUCACCAGGGCACUCUGACUAUUUAUUCAUCUAUUUAAAGUGCAAUGAUGUGUUGCUGAGAAUGCAUUUUAAAAGGCAAUACAAUAAUAACUAAUUGUAAUCACUGCAAGUGCUAAAAUAUCACAUGGCCUUCAAAAUAACAAAUAGAGUCCGUCAUAUCUAACUGCUACAUAAAGUUUGAAAUGCCUAAUCCUAUCAUUGUGUGCCAUUUAAUCUUGACAGGAACCUUCCACUGUUCUAACUAGCAGAUAUUCAUAAAUGCAUUCAUGUCUGUGUACUGUAUGACUCUGUGUCAGUGGAUUACUCACAUUUUUGUAAUAAACCUGCUUGCAGAAAGCUCUGGCAGUAUCGAAAAAGCAAAA